AUGGCCGAGCUUCACAAUGCACUGUCAUACCUUGGCCCUGUGUCCUGGGACACCAUCCCCAUUUCGUCCCCAGACGAGCUGCUCAAAUACACUCAGGGAGUGUUCAGUCAAGCUAGCCUUGCCAUUGAAUCCGUACCAGAACAAACCCCCUCUACCGAUGCUGACAGCAACAGCGGCAGCAGCAGCAGAACAUCCAUACAACAGCUCUCCGAGCCCGAGUUUUCGAAUUUACGCAAAGAAUGGGGCAAACCACUUAAGAUGAACAACGCCAAAGAAAACCCGCUGAAUAUCCCAAUGUACAAAAUGCAGGGAAAGGAUGGCAAGGGAGCCUGGUUUGCGCGACGCAGUGUGCACAAGGGCCUGCCAUUUGCGCGGUGGAAGGCUAAGAUGAAGGUGGAAUUAGAGGAGACGUUGAAGGGCAGACAGGAGGAGUUGAAACGCGGACAACAAACUCCCACGAUGAGUGUGCGUGGAAUCGGGUGUGAUGAGAAGUUGGAGGAUAAUCUUCGUGUUAGAGACUCAACGAGCGGUGAGGAUGUGGCGCUGUUGGAGGUUUAUAAAUUAUCGGCGCAGUUUCCGGGGCCGACUACGGCGAGGGAUUUUGUCACCUUGGUUAUGACUACGGAUUCGAUAUUAGAGGGUCAGGAAGCGGAAGGGGGAAAUAUGUUUAUGGUUGUUUCGAAACCAUGUAGUCAUCCUGAGGCACCGCCGCGGGAUGGCUAUAUCCGUGGCCAGUACGAGUCUGUUGAGUUGAUACGGGAACUGUCAUCCCAAGAGUCAGAGUCUACAGGUCAAACUGGAAAAGCUACGGAUGAGUCUGCCAGUUCCGCAGAUGAUCAGAAUAACCCUAACCCAGUGGAAUGGAUUAUGAUUACGAGAAGCGACCCAGGCGGAAGCGUUCCAAAGUGGAUGGUCGAGCGUGGAACACCCAAAAGUAUAACCGGGGAUGCAGUCAAGUUUCUGAAUUGGGCAUCGCAGCCAGAUGUCUCUGAUAAAGGAGACACAGCUGAUAUCCUUGAAGUCACGCAGGACCCCGAUGCUAUCGGAACUGAGAAUAAGGGUGCAGAACAGAUAAAUCAAUCCAUAGCUAGUUUCCAAGACACCGACGGAACAAGUACUGGAUUGUGGUCUAGUGUGACUAAUAUGAUCAACGCAGGAAUAGAGAGCUACGUCCCUGAGGCAGUUUCCAACUACAUUCCUGGCCAAUUGCCGCAGUUUUCCGAUAACGAAGAUCGUGACAGGGCAGUGUCGAAAAAGAGCGAGGCUGAUAAGGAAAAUGACGACGAUACUAGUUCUCUAGCCAGUAACGACAGUUUCACCAGUGCUGAAUCCAACUUCCCUCCUUCCGUAUCCACAAAUCACCUUCGCCCUGAUUCUAUAAAAGACUCGUUCAAGUCAAGUGCUGUAUCGGGGUCAUCUCAUGACACAGAUGGGGCCGAAGCUAUAAUCACAGCACAAAAAGAUACCAAGACAAAGCCAUCAUCAAAAGAAAAGGAUCUAGCCAAGCUGCAGUCUCGAAAGAGAGAAAUUGAAACAAAACUAACAACAAUCCAAUCCGAAAUCGAAGCACUCGGGGGAACAGUGGUUAAAGAUGCCACCUCCGGUGCUAGUGAUAACGAAAGUGACCACACAAGCACGAGCAGCGCUGGUUUGAAUACUAAAAACCAGGACAACGACGCAAAAGCCGUCGUUCCGGACCAGAAAAGAAUUGCGCGACUAUCCCGAACAGAAGCCAAACUGAAUUCGCAGUUACGCAAAAUCGAUGAGCAGCAGCUUAAACUCGUGAAAAAGAUGGAGGCUCGUCAACACAAAACUGCGGAACGAGAGGAGAAGGCACGUUCGCGGUCGGAGGUGGAGAGCCUCCGGAAAGAAGUCUCAGCUCUGAAAACAGAGGUGCGAGAGUUGCGAGGCGAGCGGCAGAAAUGGCUUGAUAUAUUGAAUAGCCUGCAGAAGGAGCUGACGGCCAACAGGAAUGAUGAUUAA